UUGAGUGUUUGUUCAUCAUUUAUCUCAAUCGAACCGAACAUCUCGUCAACGGCGCAGAAAUUCUAUCCAGGAUGGAUCGUCCGCAUCUACCACAAUUUCCGCAAUCAAUCGGUGGAAGCGCACCGACAGUUGUGCAACGUUUACUGCCAAUUCCGCAACGUCGACCUAUGCAGCGUUCCACAGUUAAUCGAACGCAUCCGCAACACAACCAAAAACAAUCAGCUGGAGCCUAUCGAGGCCGGCCUUCUUGAACGGCUGAAUCUCAGAAUGUUUCGUUAUCUGGUGGCGUUCGAUCCGAAUGUCGACAUUUUCAUUUCACGCGACGUGGACAGCAUCAUCUCUGCGGGACAGGAUCAAGUCAAGAACCCUGAUCAAGUCACGUUGAGGAACAUUGUCUGGCCUUCUGCCCAGUACGACGCGAUGGUUCACGACAGUUACCACUGCCAGAAUUCGGUUUUCAUGGCGAAAACCUUGCCAAUGAGAGUCUACCCGUUUCCGACGCAACGUCGAGACGGAUAUUUCAUAGGGGGGGUCGGCCAGCAAAAGAUUUCGGCAAAGUGUCCCGAAGCUUGUCGACCUCCAGAUCACAAAGAUUGGGAAUACUGCUAAACAUUUCAUUCUGUUUUUAUAAAACAUACUGACGAACUACGAAUUAAAAAAAACAAAAAAACUCUUCCUGUUCUAUUGCCUGAUGUUGAUUCUUCCAAUUAACGCUAGAUGGUGCGCAAUAAACGAAUACGUUUUGCGUCGAAA